AUGAGUGGCCGUCCUGCCAGCUCGCUCGUCACUCCCACGCCGGCGCCGCCCGACGAUCAGCCUUCCAUCUCGACGCCGGACAACGCCGUCACCUCGGCCUUUGCCUCGUCGUCCUCGGCCACCUCGCCAUUAGCAGCAGCGUCGUCAUCGUCGUCGUCGUCGUCCGGGUCAGGGUCGCCGAAAGCGAUGUCGGCGUCCUCGUCGUCUACGUCGUCGGCGUCGACAUCAAACGCUCCAACCACGCCCCCCUUUUUCCCAACCCAUGCCAUCGACCACGCAUUCGCGGGGAUAGCCGCGGGCGCGGCCGCUACCGUCUGCAUGAACCCGCUCGACCUCAUCAAGACCAAGUUCCAGGUCGACACCACAAAGCCCCGCAGCCUCCGCUUCCGCGCUUCGGAUGUCGCCGGCGCCAGCGUCAAGGGCAAGGAGAGGGCGCUUCCGGGCGCAACGCCGUCACAGGCCACACUCGCAGGUGGCGCCCGCACCGCCAAGGGAUGGCGCUACUAUGCGCUCGGCGGCAAGGUGGGCCACGACAUGAUCUCUGCGCUCAACGAUAUUGUGCGCACCGACGGCUGGAAGGGCCUCUACCGCGGCCUCAGCCCCAAUGUCGUCGGCAAUUCGGCCAGCUGGGGCCUCUAUUUCCUUUGGUACACCAUGAUCAAGGACUACAUGGCCGGUGACCUGCCCACAGGGCUCGACAGCGACGGCCAGAAGCAGCAGCUUUCGGCCGGGCAGCACCUCCUUGCCGCCAGCGAGAGCGGCGCAGUCACCGCCCUCAUGACCAACCCCAUCUGGGUCGUCAAGACGCGCAUGUUUACCACGCCCGCCAGCAGCCUUGCAAACGCGACCACGUCGGCGGCGACCGACGGCGGCAGGGCCGCGCCCGAAGUCUACCGGGGCCUGUGGCACGGCCUCACCUCGAUUGCCCGCAACGAGGGGAUACGCGGGCUGUACAAGGGCGCCGGGCUGGCGCUGUUUGGCGUCAGCAACGGCGCCAUCCAGUUCAUGGCCUACGAAGAGCUGAAAAAGUGGCGGACCACGGUGGCGCUGCGCAAGAUGCGCUCGGCGGGCGGCGGCGCUGGCGCUGGCGGUGCAAGGGCCGACGGGGACAAGAUCAUGCUGAGCAACAUCGAGUACAUUGUCAUGUCCGGGACGUCCAAGGUGGCCGCCAUCCUGCUGACCUAUCCCUACCAGGUCAUCCGGUCUCGCAUCCAGAACCACGCCACGUCGCACAUCUACCCCAACAUCCCGACGUGCAUCCGGCUCACCUAUACGCAGGAAGGGCUGCGGGCGUUCUACAAGGGCCUGGUGCCCAACCUGGUGCGCAUCCUGCCCGGCACGUGCGUCACCUUUGUCGUGUACGAAAACGUGAGCUGGGGCCUGCGGGGCCUGGCGCAGCGGCGGGAGCGCAAGAGGGAGGCCCAGGCCGUCACGGUGCAGUCUUAG